CCUCUGCUAUCUGGGUCAGGACGCGACGGCCGCGGCGCGAGACCUUAGGACCCGCGGACUCCGGGACUACUGUCUGCCCGCCACUGCCAGCCAGCAGGUCCUGGUCUCCGCUCUCCGACCGCUGAAAGGCCAGAGCACUCAACACAGAAACAAAAACCAAGAAAUGUCUCCUUCCACAAACAAAGAGCUGAUAUUUGGCAUCAUGGUGGGCACUGCUGGAAUCAGCUUGCUGCUCUUGUGGUACCACAAGGUCCGUAAACCAGGGAGAGCAAUGAAGUUACCUAAAUUUCUUUCUCUGGGUAAUACAUUUAAUUCAAUAACUUUGCAAGAUGAAAUACAAAAUGACCAAGGAACAACAGUGAUCUUUCAAGAAAGACAACUUCAGAUACUGGAGAAGUUAAACGAAUUACUGACAAAUAUGGAAGAACUCAAAGAGGAAAUCAGAUUUCUUAAAGAAACUGUUCCAAAGCUGGAGGAAUAUAUACAAGAUGAACUUGGAGGGAAAAUAACUGUUCAUAAGGUAAGCCCUCAGCACAGAGCAAGAAAAAGAAGACUCCCUACAAUUCAAAGUUCAGCAACAAGUAAUAGUUCAGAGGAAGCAGAAAGUGAAGGAGGGUAUAUUACAGCUAAUACUGACACAGAAGAACAGAGUUUUCCAGUCCCUAAGGCAUUUAACACACAUGUAGAGGAAUUAAAUUUAGAUGUCCUUCUUCAGAAGGUAGAUCAUUUACGUAUGAGCGAGUCUGGCAAGUCGGAGAGUUUUGAAUUACUUUGUGACCACAAAGAAAAGUUUAGAGAUGAAAUAGAGUUUAUGUGGCGAUUUGCUCGUGCUUAUGGAGACAUGUAUGAACUAUCUACAAACACACAAGAAAAGAAACAUUAUGCUAAUAUUGGAAGAACUUUAAGUGAAAGGGCUAUUAAUAGAGCACCCAUGAAUGGACAUUGUCAUCUGUGGUAUGCAGUUUUGUGUGGCUAUGUAUCUGAGUUUGAGGGUUUACAAAACAAAAUCAACUAUGGGCACCUCUUCAAGGAACAUCUAGAUAUAGCAAUCAAACUUUUACCAGAGGAACCCUUUCUAUAUUACCUCAGAGGAAGAUACUGUUAUACUGUCUCAAAACUGAGCUGGAUUGAGAAAAAAAUGGCUGCUACUCUGUUUGGAAAAAUACCGUCUUCAACUGUACAAGAAGCUUUACACAAUUUCCUUAAGGCUGAAGAACUAUGCCCUGGUUAUUCUAAUCCCAAUUACAUGUACUUAGCAAAGUGUUAUGCUGAUCUUGAGGAAAACCAGAAUGCUUUGAAGUUCUGUAAUUUGGCAUUAUUGCUUCCUACUGUUACCAAAGAGGAUAAAGAGGCACAGAAAGAGAUGCAAAAAAUAAUGACUUCCUUGAAGAGGUAAAUAACCGAAUUUACUCUUCAACAAAUCAGAUGUGAUCUACCAAAAUUUAAACGAAUCAAAGUUUUAUUAUCAUUUUCUUCAUUUUUGAUGUAAGGGUAUUGUGCUCAGAUUUGAAGGUAAAGCCAUAUUUCUGCAGAAUGCAUUCCACUAGUAGCACUGCAAAAUUAAUUAUGUUAUUUGGAGAAUCUAUAUAAUGUCAAUACAUAAUCUAUAAACUUGUAUGCUUUGUAUUUUUCUUAUCAAUAAACUGCAGCCUUCAGAAUAUUUCUUUAAAUAUUUAAAUCCAAUAAAAUGAAUUUUCAUGAGUAUUUUAUUGUUUCAAUGGAGACUUCAUAAAACAAAAUAAUUUCAUUAAUGUGGAUGAAAACUGGAAAACUGAGCAAAGGACAUGAACAAGUUGUUGGCAGAAGAGAAAAAACUAACAGAUGUAGUAUUGUAAUCAAAAGAUGUGAAUAAAAUUACAAUAAAAUACUCUUUUACCAUCAAACUA